UCUGUCAAAAAACAGCUGAUAAGUUUUUCCGCAAAUCCUCAUCAGCGGAUCAAUAACAAUUAAUUUUGAAUAUUGUAUAAUUGAAAAUAUUAGUUGUUGUCAAUUUGAGUAAUUUCUAUCGAAUUGUUCAUUCCGUUCAGUUGAAAGAACUACAAUGACUGCUUUUGAAGAAUUUGGUGUUCUUCCGGAAAUCGCGAAGGCUCUGGAGGAACUAGACUGGAUGUUACCAACCGAUAUUCAAGCAGAAGGAAUCCCUUUAGUCCUUGGGGGAGGAGAUGUUUUGAUGGCAGCAGAAACAGGAAGUGGAAAGACUGCUGCAUUUUGUCUUCCAGUGAUCCAAAUUGUCUGGGAAACUCUGAAAGAUUUGGAAAAAGGCACAGGGUCUAAAAAAUUGUCUGUGCCAUGGACAAUGUCUAUGUAUGAUAGGGGAAAUGCAUUAGCUGUUGCUCCUGGUGGACUGAGAGUUCAGUCGAGAGAACAGAGGGAGUGGCAUGGUACGCGUUGUACUACAGGUGUUAAAAGUGGAAAAUGGGGAUUUGAAGCCACUGUAACAGAUGAAGGACUAUGCAGAGUUGGUUGGUCCACAUUACAGUCUUCAUUAGAUCUUGGAACUGACAAAUUCGGUUUUGGUUUUGGAGGAACUGGCAAAAAAUCAAAUAAUAAACAAUUUGAUAAUUAUGGAGAACCAUUUGGAAAGAAUGAUGUUAUAACAUGUUUGCUGGAUAUAGAAAGUGGAACAAUUAAGUUCCUUAAAAAUGGGGUGGAUCUUGGACAAGCUUUCACUAUCAACAAACAAGUAGUAAAGGCUUUCUUUCCUGCUGUGGUUCUUAAGAACGCUGAAAUGGCUUUCAAUUUUGGUGAAACUGAAUUGAAAUACCCACUACCUCCAAAUUACAAACCAAUUUGCCAAGCCAGCGAUACAGAAAUUGCCAUAAACACAAAUGAAGAAGCCUCAGAUCCGAACAGUGCACCUGUUCUCAAAAGCAAUGCUCCACAGGCAAUAAUCAUAGAGCCUAGCAGAGAAUUGGCUGAACAAACUUGUGAACAGCUGAAAAAAUUCAAGAAAUAUCUUGAUAAUCCAAAAAUAAAGGAACUAUUAGUAAUUGGUGGUGUGAAUGUAAAAGAUCAAAUUUUUCAACUACAAAAUGAUGGUGCUGAUAUCAUAGUAGGCACGCCAGGUCGGUUAGAGGAUCUUAUCCAGGGAGGUUACUUAUCUCUAUCCAGUUGUCGAUUUUUCAUUCUUGAUGAGGCUGAUGGUUUGUUAAAGCAAGGUUAUACAGAUCUCAUAGAGAGACUUCAUAGGCAGAUGCCGAAAGUAACCAGUGAUGGUAAGAGACUUCAAAUGAUUGUAUGCAGUGCAACUCUCCAUGCUUUCGAAGUUAAAAAAAUGGCAGAAAAACUCAUGUAUUUCCCUACUUGGGUGGAUCUCAAAGGGGAAGAUGCAGUUCCAGAUACCGUACAUCACGUUAUAGUAAAAGUGGACCCUCAGCAAGACCGAAGUUGGCACAAUUUGCGCCGUCGCAUACAAACAGACGGAGUACACGCGAAUGACGGGGUCCGACCUGGUAAUAAUUGUGCCGAAACUCUUAGUGAAGCCGUUAAGCUCCUCAAAGGGGAAUAUUGUGUUCGAGCUAUAGAUGUCCACAAAAUGGACAGAGCGAUUAUAUUUUGCAGGACAAAAAUUGACUGCGACAAUCUAGAGAGAUAUCUGAAGAAUAUUGAUAAAAAUAAAUAUUCUUGUGUCUGUCUUCACGGUGAUAGGAAGCCACACGAGAGGAAAGCCAAUUUGGAGAAAUUCAAGAGACAAGAAGUGAAAUUCUUGAUUUGUACUGAUGUAGCAGCCAGAGGAUUGGAUAUCACAGGUUUACCAUUCAUGAUCAAUGUUACACUUCCCGAUGAGAAAUCUAAUUAUGUACAUAGGAUUGGACGUGUUGGGAGAGCUGAAAGAAUGGGUUUGGCGUUGAGUUUAGUGAGCACAGUCCCAGAAAAGGUUUGGUAUCACGGAGAGUGGUGCAAGACUAGAGGUCGUAAUUGUUGGAAUACCAACCUAACAGAUGUGAAAGGCUGUUGUAUGUGGUACAACGAGCCUCAGUAUUUGGCAGAUAUCGAGGAGCAUUUGAAUAUAACAAUUACGCAAGUAGAUACAGAUAUGGUUGUCCCAGCUGACGAAUUCGAUGGUAAAGUAGUUUACGGACAGAAACGCAAAGCUGGUGGGUCUAACUAUCAAAAUCACACUGCUCAAAUGGCUCCUAUUGUGAAAGAAUUGACUAAAUUAGAGAGCAAUGCACAACUCAUUUACCUGAAUAGACACCUGACAAAGUUUGCGAAAGUUGCGUGAGAAUUAAUCGACAUGUUUUUCUGUAAUUUAUAAUUGAUAAAUAAAAAUUCAUAUAGAUACAAA